GGCAAACCUUUCGUUUCCUUUACUGCCUUAGAAAUCAUUAAAAAAAACAUGUAAAUUAACAAAUAUAAAUAUAAAUAACAAAUAUAUACUUCAAGCAACUACGAAAUGGAAUCGCGCACAACUGGUGACGAUUUGUGGAUAAAUGUUAGUGAAACAUCCCUUGGGCAAGGCGGAAGAUCUGUUUAUUAUGGCUAUCAGCUGCACGAUCCAUUUCCUUUGUGCAAUAUAAAACGACUGGCUCCGGCUCAGGCAAGAGAAAGCAGUAAAUGUAGCUGUCCCAAGGAAAUGACACCUGAUAUACCAAGAUCGGGUCUUUUUGAUGAGCAUUAUGUGGAACUAGAAAAGGAAUCGCCGGAAACUAUUCACCGCCGUUGUUGGGGAAUAAAGCGUAGCCUAGACCCACCAGUCGAUGGAUCCGAAAAGCCACCAAAACGUAAAGCAAAGCACCAUUGGGGCCGUGAUAUUAUCGAAAAAUUUUACCAUGGUUUAUUUAACAUUUGGCUGUAAAUAUGUCAAGCCACGACUAACUGGCCGAAGAUUGCUUAGGUUCUCCAGGAAACUGGGAAGAUAAAAUGUAUUCCUUAGUUAAACAGUUUUCGAAUCCUUGUAAAUAAAGAAAAUGUUCAG